AAAAAAAUAUUAUGCUUGUAUUCAUGUUUAAAUUGCAUUUUAAUAAUCAUUAUUGAUACCAAUUAUUAUUUGUAAGCUGGUAUAGUCUAAUAUACAACUGGGAUUGCAAGCUUCAGAUUAACGAUUGACAGCGCUGAUUCUCAACAUCUCGACACAAUUUAAAUUUUCAUGUUGACCCGCUGCCCAAUCCGCUAGUCAUGAGAGCAGUUGCCGAUAAAUGGAAUUUGGGAGUGAAGGCCAGGUCUCGCUCGGUCACGAUUUGAGGAGUUUGGAGACAGUUCGCGCUCUCCACCAAACUGUAAUCUCUCUCCGCGUCGCUUUGGAGCAAUCUCGCGCCGAGCUUCAUUCGCUGCGCUCAAAGUUCCAGACUAAUUUUGAUCAGUCCCUUUAUACCAGCACUAUUGAGAAAUUAUCGUUGGAGAAUCAUAUUUUGAGACAACGGGCGCUUUCAGCUAGUCACGGCAAUUUGAACGCUAUUACUAACGGUACAAGGGCUGUGUCGGCUAGCCAUGGCAAUUUAAGUGCUAUUUAUGACGUCCCCAGGACUGUAUCGGCUAGUAACGGAAAUUUGAAUGUCAUUCUAGACGUGCCCAGAAUAUUGCCAUCUAGUAAUGGAAAUUUGAAUUCUAUUCUUAACGUUCCCACCACUGUGUCACCUAGUACCGGAAAUUUAAAGACGAUUUUGAAGGUUCCUAGAUCUGUAUUAUUGUCUGAUAACGAAAAUUUGGAGGCAUCACCCAGGUCUGUUUCCUAUAGUAACAGAAAUUCAAAUACGAUUUUAGACACCUCGAAGGCUUCAUUCUCUAGUAAUGGGAAUUUAAAAACAAUAUUGCACGCUCCCCCACAAAUAAAAGUCUCAAUGGAACCAGACACUGUGAAAGAGAAAGAAUCAGAACAAGUAACAGAUGAGCUAGAUGAAGUAGUGGAAGAGGACGAAGUAGAGGGUUACGAUGAGAGAGAUGAAGUGUUUGAAACAGAUAGUGAUAAUCUACAGAAUGGAGAGGAAAAUAAAACAGAUGAGGAGGAUGAUAAUAAGCCGAAGAUAACCAAAGGAGAGUCGGAGGACUCUGAGGAGGUGGAUGAUAUUGAGCUCAUAUUCACGACUGAGGACACCAAAGAGUUGAGUGCACUUCAAGAGGAUCUAGUUUCGAUUGCUGAAACUGACUGUUGGCCUAGUAAAGGUGGUGGCAAUGACGGUUUGGAUGGUGAUACCAAGAAACGAUGGACACAUUCUGUGCUGGUUGAGACAGAUAUUUCCAAGUGUGGCAUAUUUGAUGAGAAUGAUGAGCCUCACAUGCCUGAUCAGGGAAGACGGUAUACCUUACCGGAUCCCGCUCCUCACCGCCCUAUAAUCCGCACAUUGUCUGGUAGUAGAAGUCAGUUGCUGGAUUGUAGUGGUAGUACACCACAGCCCACACGACCGUUGGCUGUCAAAUUUAUGCAGCACAAUAAUAGCAUCAAACAACGCACGGCUCGUCCGAUUUUGGUAGAGAAGGAGACAAAACAGGAGUCAGAAGCUCAGACAGAUAUCACAGCGCUUCCAGCCCACUGGCGGUCGGAGAGUUAUCUGGCACACAAGGUGUCCUAUCAGUUCACGACGUUACCGUCUAAAUUCGCGUUCCCUGUGCAGACUCCUCCCAGAAAGCACUCGUUGAAGCUGUGUGAGAAGACACAGGAGGCUAGGAGGGUGUUAUUGUCUGAUAUCAAUUUCACAAGUAUGGUGCCGGAGUUGUCUAGGAGUGCUGAUCAUCUGUGUAAUAAUGAGGGCGUGAAUAUCAAUGCGAGUAUGUUGUGUAAAAAUUAUCCGCGGGCCUUUUCCUACAUGAAGAACCCGGAUGUGAUGUGUUCGGGAUGGUCGCCAUGUGAGUGCACGGGCCAGAUGAGCAGCUGGGAUUGCUACAGGAGUGGAGGCGGAUCUUCGAUGUUGUCGAUGAUGCAGUCGCCGUCGGCCCAGGACCUAGUCGACCACCAACCCAGGAGGCGUCACUCGAUGCGGCCAAGCACUUCGUCGACGGACACGUGUUGGGGUUCGAUGACGUCACGCGGAGGCGCCAACUGGUCGGUGCCCUCGUCACCGACGCACUGUCGUCGCUCGAGGAGCAUCCCCUUGCAUCAGGACGGUGGGGUGGGGGGAGGGAGCGGCCGCAGGUCGGACUCGAGGUUUAUGUCGUCAUCAGCGUCGUGUGGACGCGCCCCCUUCCGCAAGGCUAGGAAUCGGGUCACCUUUCAAG